AUAAGUCGUUGCUGAUGCAACAAAACCUACUUUUUCCAUCUAAAUUUCGCUCAUCAUAUUCAAAUAUAAUGCAAAUAUUUACAAGUCCAAAAAGGUUGCUUCAAAUUGUACCAUCUGAUGAUGCUGAGUCAGAAGAAGAUAAGUCGGGUUUUUUGACAAAUACGAACAUAUUUAAUGAACCUAAAAGUUUAUAGUUUUAUGAACGACUUGCGUUUAGUCAUGAACAUGAUUUUUGUGAAAAAAAAACAAUCAAAUAUUUUAUUACUUUUCCAAGUAUUUUUCAUAUGCCUUUUGGACUUUUUAAAAAUCCAACAUGAAGAGUAUUAAAAUAAAAUCAAGAUUAUUUCUUGGAAUGGUUAAGGCGCAUGCUGAUCUAACUCAAGCCAAAUUUGUAUUCUUCUAUGGACCAAAUUUUACAGAUUCAGCAACAUUUGAACUAGAUGACGGUAUUAGUUUACUCAAACACGAAAAGUUCGACAAAACCAAGAAGACCGUCCUCUAUGUUCAUGGUUAUCUAGAAAACCUAACAGUUGAAAGCAUAAAAGUUAUCGUCGAAGCAUAUCUACAGCGAAAAGAUGUGAAUCUUAUCGUUUUGGAUUGGGGUGAAUUGGCUGAUGGAAAUUAUAUGCUUGAUGCUGUUGUAAAUGCAAAACAAUUAGGUCCAGUUCUAGCAAAGAAGCUUAUUGAUAUGUUCGAUCAAGGCUUAGACAUUAGCAGUUUCCAUCUAAUUGGACAUUCGUUAGGUGGACAAAUGUCUGGAAUUGUUGGUAGGGAGGUCUAUCGACGGUCGAAAAAGACAAAACGGUUAAGGAGAAUUACAGCUCUUGAUCCUGCUUUUCCACCAUUUUAUACUUGUAUCACAGCGCAUCUUAAUAAAAAAGAUGCAGAUUUUGUUGAUGUCAUUCAUACAGAUGCAUGGAUUUAUGGAGCUCCAAUUAGUACUGGAACCGCCGAUUUUUGGCCAAAUAGUGGGAAAACUCUUCAGCCUGGUUGCCCUAAGAGAAAUUACAAGAUGCUCACAGACAACGAUCUCUCAAGUCAUCGAAGAUCGUGGUAUUUUUGGGCAGAAAGUGUUGCUGGAAAAUAUAACGAACAGUUUGAGGCUGUAAAGACAAAAAAUUGGAACGACUUUAAAUCUGGAAAGAUCAAUGAGGAUUCCGAUUUAAAAGUUGUCAUGGGGCAUGAUUGUCCAAUAAACAUUAGUGGUGAUUAUUACUUACAAACAAACGGGCUUCCACCAUAUGCAAGAGGGAAAUCAGGUACUGUUUACAUUGAUCCUAAUGAACUUCCGGGAAAUUCUCCAGCUGAAAUAGCACAACUUGCGAAGGAAUUUAUUUAAUAAAAUUGUAAAUAUUAGUUUCAUAAUUUAAACUUAAGAUUUAUUUAAAAUUAAUUUUGAUAAAAUGUAAAUAGCAAUAAGUGAAUGGUAAGGUUACAUUACCCAAUAAAAGAGCUAAUAAUGAAAAAUUUAAAAUA